GUUUAUCUCGAUUGAUGUAUUGUCAUAAUCAUUGGAGGUUGAAAUUUAAGCUGUAAUUUUGAUUAAUUGCACAUGUCUAACGUCCGUGUGGUUUGUUCUGACAGAAACCCAAACAGCAGCGUCCAGAGAGCCCACAGGAAGGUCCACAACGACCCGACGCUGCGCAUCCAGAACCUGUCCAUCCUCGUGCAGCAGAUCAAGUCCUGCUAUCAGGAGACGCUGCAGCAGCUGGUGGUGAUGUCACUUCCUGACGUGCUGGUGCUGGGCCGGACUCCUCUGAGCGAGCAAGGACUGGAGGAGAUGAGGAAGAUCCUGCUGCUGCUGCUGGGCUGUGCUGUACAGACUGAACAGCCAAUCAGAGGCCUGAUGGAGUCAGAGGGGCGGAGCAGGACUCUGGAGAGGGACAGUGGGCUCAGCUCUCUGCACUCCGCUCCAUCGCCCGGUGAGUCGAGCAUGAGACGCACGGAGAGCGUGCAGCAUCUGUCGGUGGAGCUGGCCGAUGCUAAAGCCAGGAUCAGACGCCUGCGGCAGGAGCUGUGA